CAUUAUUAUGGAUAAUGCAGAUUUGAUUUUCAAAGUAGAGGGCACUGCUUUAGAAGACUCAUGCUGUGUUUUUUUUAAGGAGGUCGAUCUGAGUUGGCAUCUGGAAACUGUAGUCCAGCAGGACCGAGAGAAAUGUUUGCUUCAUGACUAAACAUGCUGACUAAUAGUCUGCGCUUUAAUUGGUCUGGGUCAAAUCCUUACAGGGAAAUGGGCAAAAGUCUCUUCUUGACCUUGGUGCAGAAGAUUUAUCGCUAGGGUUUGAUUUUUGAACAACCUGGGGGCUUCCAGGAGGACAUGGAGCUCAGAAACCCUGAAAUGUCAGGAAGGGCUACUUACUGAAGAACCCCCAUCAGUAACAACGAUUCCACUUGUCUCUGCUUCAAGUUUCAGAUACUUCUGACAUCCUGGCAACUUCAAGUCUGUCAAGACUUGCAGCAAAACAACCCAGCAAAAAGAGACGCCUUCAGAGCAAAAAUGAUCAUUGGAAAAGUUUACAAUACCAUUAACAUCAGCAAUGGAACAGAUCUUGCUAUUGGAUUUACUUCUUCUGCAGUAGCUGUCCUUCUCUUUGGGACAAACUUUGUGCCUGUUAAAAAAUAUGACACUGGUGAUGGCAUGUUUUUCCAGUGGAUUCUCUGUGCUUCCAUAUGGAUAGUUUCUUUGGUGGUCAAUUUAAUCCAGAAUUGCCCUCGUUUUUGGCCUCUGGCUAUGGUUGGGGGUUUUGUGUGGGCUACAGGCAAUGUUACUGUUGUCCCUAUUGUUAAAACCAUUGGCUUAGCUCUUGGUCUUUUGAUAUGGGCUUCUUUUAAUUUGCUGACAGGCUGGGCGAGUUCAAGAUUUGGUUGGUUUGGAAUUGACCCAGAAGAGGUAUCAAGACCAGUCUUAAAUUAUAUUGGAGCUGGGCUUUCAUUAUUAAGUGCUGUCAUAUUUCUUUUUAUAAAAACUGAAGUCCAGAGUUCUUCAGCUUCAUUAGAAAGAACGCCAUUACUGAGAGAAAGUUCUGUUAAUGCUUCUGAAGAGAUCUCUGAUGAGUCAUGGGUGAGCAGACUUUCUCCAGCAAAAAAAAGACUCAUAGGAUGUAGCCUAGCUGUAGUGGCUGGGAUACUCUAUGGUUCCAGUUUUGUACCAGUACUUUACAUCAAGGACCAUGGAAGAAGAAAUGAAACUAUAUACACAGGAGCAAGUCAAUUUGAUUUAGAUUAUGUUUUUGCACACUUCAGUGGAAUAUUUCUUACAAGUACCAUCUACUUUUUGAUCUACUGUGCCAUCAGGAAAAAUAAACCUAUAGUUUAUCCCCAAGCCAUACUGCCAGGGUUUGUUUCUGGUGUGCUUUGGGCAAUAGCCAAUUGCUGCUGGUUCAUAGCCAAUAACUAUCUCAGUGCUGUGGUCAGCUUUCCAAUAAUUACCGCAGGUCCUGGCCUUGUUGCUGCAGCUUGGGGAGUCCUCGUAUUUAAAGAAAUCAAGGGACUGAAAAACUACGUGUUACUCUCAGUAGCAUUUUGUAUCAUUUUGGCCGGAUCACUCUCCACAGCUUUUUCUAAAGUUUGAAGGGAUCUUCUUACCAGUAGAUGGUGCUACUGUCUAGUAUAAUCAGAAGGACACUGAUGGUGUAUCACAAUAGGUAUUUCCAAAAUGUAUGUCCAACAUUUACCCUAACUUUCUUUGGGCAGGUAAUAAUCAUUCCCACUUAGCAUGAAAGAAAAUCUGGAAAUGUUUGCUUCCGCAUCUUUUGCAAGAGCGGUUGUAUCAAAGGUGUUCUUUUAAAUAAAGCUCAGUGAUUUUAUACUUAUGAUUUUUCUGGUUUAGGUAUGAAGCUUGCAUCAUUGUAAGUUCCAGUUCCUUUCUAUGAUGAUGGAUUAAAGGGAUAUUGAUUCUUAGUCUGUUAGUAAUCUGUAUAGCUAAUUCAUUUUAUUCCGAAAUUCUUUCUUGAUGACUUGAUUAUAACAUGUCUUGAAAUAUUCUUUUUGGAACUGAUACAAAGAUGUGAAACAGUUUUUUGUUUUUUUUAUUUAGAGGCAUUGAUCUUUAAAGUCACCAUUUUACAUAAAAACUUUAUCUUCCAAUCACAUCAGAAUUUUGAAGGAAAUAUGGGGGAAAAAUGAUAAAAAUGUAACAUAAAUUACUAGUGUUUGCUUUAGAUGCAAGAACAUUAUGUUGAAAUCAUGACCAUAAUACAAAUAGUUGGGCAUUUUGUUGUUUGUUGUUUUGUUUCGUGUUUUUAAUUUGAGUUGUAUGCAAUUUUGCAAAUAAACACUUCUUUUCUGAAACCA